AUGGCUGCAAUACUGAUCUCUGUUCACCGGAAAAUUCCAACAAUGGCUGCAAUACUGAUCUCCGGGUAUCUUGCUCAGCCCUCGUCUCUCCCUCUCCCUCUCCCAUUCUCCCCAAAGCUUUAUCUUUCUAACCCUCUGUCUCAAAACUCGCAUUGGGUCUCUCUUCGCCGCUCCACCCAAGCCUUGAACCGCCGCUUCUCCAAAACUUCUUGUCUUUACACUUCCGGCAACCAACCGGAUAACAAGAUCCUUAUUUAUCUAUGCAGUAUUACAACUGUUGUUGUGCUUGGAGUUCUCUAUACUCUCACCAAGUCGUCUCAGCCACUUCCUAAUGAAAUAUAUCGAUAUGAUUGGAGGGAGCCUUUCGAUUUUCAAAGAGGAUGGCUGUUGUGGGCAACGAUUGGUCUUGUUGGAGCGCUGAUUGCUAUUGCAUUGACGGGAGUUGCAACGUCUUUUCUCAAUAGCGAGCCCCCACAGAGAGAGACUGAUGCUCUUGUUCGCUUGCUUCCGUUGAUUGGCUCUUCAACUAUCAGCACUGCAAGUCUGUUGGGCAUUACGGGCGUCCUUGCUCCAAUUCUUGAGGAGACUAUUUUUAGAGGGUUUCUUAUGGUCUCCCUGACUAAGUGGCUGCCUACACCGCUGUCAAUCCUUCUCAGCGCCUCUGUAUUUGCUGUUGCACAUCUAGCUCCUGGAGAAUUUCCUCAGCUUUUUGUACUCGGGACUGCUCUAGGAUUUUCAUAUGCUCAAACACGAAAUCUUCUCACGCCAAUCACAAUUCAUGCGUGUUGGAACUCGGGGGUUAUCUUGCUUCUGACCUUCCUCCAGCUUCAAGGAUAUGACAUCAAGGAAAUAAUACAAGCAUCUUGAUUCAGAUUGAGGAGUGAAUAUGGCAUUUUCUUAUUCAGCCUUCAUCUUAAGUCAUAACUGUUCAUUUCACAGAUUUCUAGUAGCAGUUUGACCUGUAAUGUAUUCUUGCCAGAAUUUUAGUCUGUAUUCUAUUCGAACAUGUUUUUGGCACAUUAAUUGGUUCAAUCAAAAUUGCAGCAGUGUUCUGUGUUUCAUGCAA